UUGGGGACGGGCCUACAAAGGACGGUAUCCGGAAGUGCAGUCGCGCGGCUCGGGCCUGGGCUGGGGGUCGCAGGGGUCGCUGGGGCGGCGAGGCCGGCAUGGCGGCGCUGCGGAGGCACGUGUUUGUUGGAAAAGUGCUGAAGAAACUGUAUCCUGAGGUUCCACGUGGCCAAGAGAAGAGGGCCCCCGUGAGUCCAGCCUGCAGAAACCCACCUGAGAAAGCAGCUCCUGAGAGAGUGAAGGGCAGGAGCGUCCCGCCCAUGACAGGUGGUGACACUCGGGUCCAGCCUGCGCGACGGCCCUACACCGUGGGCCUGCCUCCUGAGGGGUGGGUCCCCCCUCCGCCGGAGGCCCCCAGCUGCUCGAGUCCCGAGAGCUCCUCCAGCGGCCAGGAUGCGGGAGAUCAGGAUCUUCAUGGUCAACCAAAGAGAAGAAGAAUUAGAAAGCAUAAUUCAAAGAAAAAAUUUAAAAAUCCCAGUAACAUUCCGGUGGAACAAGCAGAAUUAGAGAAACAGCAGAGUAUUUUGCAAGAAAAAUUGCAGCCACGGCACACAGAUGGCCCCACAAUAAGCAAAAAUAAAAAAAGGAAACUGAAAAAGAAACAACAAAUUAAAAGGAAGAAAGCAGCUGGCUUACUAACAGGAGUCUCUGGCGUCAACUUCAUGUACCAGCCUGAGGAGACCAGCAGUGAGCAGGGCGACGUGAGAGUGAGUGAUGGAGAGGACGUCGCAGACGGGGAGGGAGGGGCCCCGGUUGCCGAGGACGAAGGAGCCACCGACACCGGGGAGGAAGACCUUAAAAGUACCAAUGAAAAGGCAGAUGGUAUCCUGAACUUUUUGAAGUCAACACAAGAAAUUUAUUUUUAUGACGGUGUCUCCAAGGAUUCAGACUCGGCUGUCUUCAUGGAGACCAGUGGAGAGCUAUUUAAAUAUCUUGAAACUCACAGCAUGCCCUCCUCAGAUGUGUUCAUUCUGGAUCACAUGAAAACGCUGUUACUUUCGCAAGAUACUGAAAGAUUGAAGAGUGCCCUGGAAGUGUUCCCGGAACAUUGCAGGAUGCCACCCGACUAUGCCCGAGUAAUCUCAGCUUUCUUUAAUUACUGGAUCACACAUAUCCUUCCUGAGAAAAACAGUGAAUAAAAUCAGUACAUCUAUUUACGAAGAGCUAAUAUUUGACAAGAAAAUAGGAAAGACAGAUAUGAAAUGGGCUGAGACUUAAUUCCUAUACACAGAGAAGAUGAAAUUCUCUAAGUUUUCUUUGUAACCCAAACCCCGGGAACUUUGAGGACAUUUCUGUUCAUCUGUUUGUACAUAAUAGGUAGAUGUAAUCUGAGACUUUAAGUGAGAAAUUGGGAUACAAUUGAAAAUUUCUUUGAAAUUGUGUCUUAAAUUUAAAAAUGGACAUUCUGUUAAAUUGAAUAAACUGUAUAGUUUGAAGCUGUAUAUAUAUUUUUAUAAAGUUCUAAAUCAC